CAAGUGGAACUUCUAGUUUUCUAAUCGAUCACCCCUACCUUUGGUCAAUUUUGGUUAUUCCACAGUUUAUAUCUAAAUUACUCCUCUCCCGAAUCCAUCUCUAAGAAAUUUUAGAUUUAUACCUACAAUAUCACAACAAAAACCCCCAAUCCACCAAAGAACCCAACAACAACAACCAUGGCCCUAGACCCCCUCUACCACACUCUCUACAACCUUCCCCCACCAUCCCCCAAACGCACUCAACCAAUGCAAGUCCUAGCCGUAGGAAUCUCCCGCUCCGGGACCGAAUCCCUCCGCGAAGCCCUCCACAUCCUAGGCAUAAAACACACCCACCACGGCUUCGACACCAUCCUCCCCCCUUCCUCAUUACAAGCCACCUACCGCCUCCUCCAAAAGAAGUACACCGGGUCCCCCGAGCCCCUCACCGCGUCGGACUUCGACACCGUCCUCGGCAACUGCGUCGGCGUAACAGACCUCAUCGCCGCGGAAUUCGCCCCGGAGCUCAUAGCCGCAUACCCUGAUGCCAAAGUCAUCCUCAAUGUCCGGCGCGACCUGAACGGCUGGUAUAAAAGUAUGCAGCUGACUAUGGGGUACUUUGAUCGGAAUCCGGUGGAUUGGGAUUGGUGUAAGAGUUGGUUUUGUGCGGAACUGUUUUGGAUUCGGCAGUGUAUGUGUCGGACGAUGAUGAGGAGGUUUUUUCGGGGAAGCUUCGAGUCGAAUGGGAGGUGGGUGUAUGAGAGUCAUGUUGCGCUGAUUCGUGGGUUGGGGUUGGGGGAGGAGAGGCUUUUGGAGUGGAGUGUUGAGGAUGGCUGGGAGCCGCUUUGUAGGUUUCUGGGAAAGGAGGUUCCUGAAGGUGUGGAGUUUCCCAGUGGAAAUCCGCCGAAGGCUUGGGCGGAGAGGAUUGCCAGGACGAUGGAGGUGCAUCAUCGACGGGCGGUUAGGAAUAUGGUUGUGUUUUUUGCGGUGGUGGGGGUUGUUUUGGGGGUUUGCGGGGCAUGGUUGUUUUAUUAGUGGGUUUUGUAUAUCAUGGUGUUUUGAGGCUGUUGUGAUGUAUAUAUCCUGAUUUGGAAGAUUUCAGUUGAGACCUAACAUGGCUUGUUUCGGUGAGGGUUCAUUGGUUCAGUCCUGGGUAGAUUUUAUCGAAGGUAGUUGUGGUUCUAUGUAUUCUUGGAAAUCGUAAAGAUUCCAUUGCUCUUCGUAAAAGACGAAAUAUAGGUAAAAGAUCUAGGCCUCUUCGUCAUACACCCCAGUCGUAGAUUGAAAUUAGGUCUGCUAGAAAUCAGCUACUCAAUUAAAAGAACCACCCACAUAAGUACAGGGUCUAGAU